CGAUCGGUAUCGAUCGUAUCGAUUGUACGGACGGGUACAGACUCAGUGCAAUACGUAACGAACAUAAAUCAUGACAAUGUUUGGAAUUGUAACAACUAUAUCACAGUUCGUGGUAAAAUGUCCAAAACUGACUGGCAGUCAAGGUCAGCAAAUUCGAAAUAAAUAUGCAGAUUGGCGAAUGAUGAAAGAUGUGAAGAGAAGGAAAACAGUGAAGGAAUUUGGAGCUGAAAGAAUGAGAAUCAACUCUUUACGGAAAAAUGAUAUAUUGCCUCAGGAACUGCGGGAGGUAGCUGAUCAGGAAGUUGCAGCUUUACCACGUGAUUCUAAUUACAUUCGUGUGAGACAUCGUUGUGCUAUAACAUCAAGACCAAGAGGUGUCGUGUUCAAGUGGAGGCUUAGUAGAAUUGUGUGGCGACAUCUUGCAGAUUAUAAUAAGUUGGCAGGUGUACAGAGAGCUAUCUGGUAAAUUAUGCUGAAGUUUGUAAUUGUAGUUGAAAAUAUAGUUUUAACAUUUUCUGUUUCAAAAUUUUCUAUAUAAAGACAGUGUAAUUUUUAUAAUAAAUUCUGAUGUGGCAUUCACACAGCACACUUCAAAAAUUUUGGGGUGAGUUGUAUCAUCAAUAUCACCCUAUCAUUUCCUUCCACUAUUCAGUUUUCUUUGAAUUUUUAUUUUAAACUUAUUUGUACAUACCACUAUCACUAUAUCCUAUCACUGCUGGUAUAAUUUUUUCUCUCAGUGCUAGUUGACAUGUACAUAGAAAAUUAUUUUAGAAAUUUAAUAUACUUCCACUUGCAAGUGAAUGUGUUUUUUGUGUAUUAUCAUUUGUGGUGGAAAACCUGGAAAAAUUCCAAAGAAAUACAUAUGUACACAACUUAACCUUUAACGACCGAAAGUCCGGUAUACCGGACGGUACCUGUGACCUCGAAGAUGCCGAAAGUCCAGUAUACUGGACGCAAGACACGUGCUCACUUUAGAAGUGCUGCCGGUUAGACGUUGAGUUUGAAACCAAAACAAACACACGCAAGUUCAAGUCAGAGGUCCAAUUGUUGGCUCUGAACAAUAAAACCCUUCAUCAUGGCACUGGGUUCGAUUUCGUUUACAUGUAGGUAAGACUGUUUGUGACUUGGUCAGCCAAACAGAGUGGAAGCUUCUUCACAGAAAAGCUGACCCAACAUUCCUCUGUGCGGGCAGAUCACUGCUUCUGUAGCUCUCAAGGAAGUGUGACGUGUUUAGUGAGUGUCUGAAUUAUCAGCUUGUGAGUCAGUGGCGGACUGUUUCUCUGGGGAAGCCAAGAUUUUUCAUUGAGUCAUCUGGAACUGAACAUUGACAACACUGUCCGGCCAGCCAGAUAGAAACAAUAACUUCCUGUUUGUUCGCUAAGCGAGAGACUGAACCAGAUUGUCUACCAGCGUAUGAGAAGUGAGGUCUGUGUGACCUUCACAUCGCGCUGAAGCAAACUCUGCCUCUCCGCGCUCCCGCACGCAGUAUCUAUAGUAGCGUAAACUUACACGACGCAACGAGUUGAAACUCGUGUACAGUCUGACCAAACAUUUUGGUGUAUAGUGUCAAUGUAUUUUGGAUAUAACGACGUCUCAAAUUUGAAGAAAAAAUUAUGGGUAAGUCUUUUGGAAUUUCAUUACACAUAUAAAAGAGAGUAUAUUUUGAAUUUCAUUACAUAACAAUCACAGUUAAUAUUUAUUUGUAAAAAUUGCCUUAGGUAUAUUGUAGGAAAUUUCAUUCUCUUUCAGGCGGUUUUUAGUUCGUAAUUCUAAGCUGCAUAGAACGGAAAAUAUGUAGUUUUUU